AUGAGGGCGCCACCGGUGGUGGUAGGGAAACCUGAAGAGUAUUUAGCCGCACAACAGUUCAGUGAAACCAUCCCCAGCAACUAUGAAAGCUUUCAAGACAGUCAAGUGAGGACGUCCAGCCCUCUGAAUCAUUUGGACGAAAGUCACGUGUCGUUCGGUGCUAACUUAAACACAUCGUCUUCAGCUUCGGAUGGAUCUCCACCUUCUUACUCCACGACUGUGUCUAUGAUGAGGACACCUGUUACCAUGCACAUACCUCAGGAUCAAUUGUAUGAUACUUGGAACCACCAAAUAGGGCGAAUUCAAGAACAUCCCUCACAACAGUUCAACAUGACCGACUACUUAAAACCUGCCCCAUCCUCCCCUAAAGAUAAUCAAGCAACGACAAGGCAAGAAUCUAGUGGCAAACGUGUUAGAACCGCCUACACCUCAAAUCAACUGGUUCAAUUGGAAAAGGAAUUCCACACCAACAAGUACUUAAGCAGACCGAGAAGAAUCGAAAUUGCCCAACUUUUGAGCCUAACGGAAAGACAAAUCAAAAUUUGGUUCCAAAACAGGCGCAUGAAGCACAAAAAGGACAUGAAGAACAAGUCAUCCUCGUCUCCGACCCAGCACUACGCCGACAACAGAGUGUCUCCAGCUUUAUCCACCGGAUCGAACAGUUCGGCCAUGAAUGUUCAAAGACCUGUUAAAAACGAAGAAGAAGUAGUCGAACGUUUAUUGCACCAUUCAUCGAUGGUUCACAACCAAUACAUGGGACAGCAGUACGAUCAGUACUACGGACAAAACUACCAACAGUUCUCUCAACCGCCGUAUUACUCGGUCUACAAUCAGUACCCCUUACCCAAUGCGGUGGAAGACAAGUACCCGGUUGAAUUUUACAACAUCCCCAGGCAAGACCCAUUUAAUAAUUCCACGGGUGACAACUCUUACGUGGAGGAUAACCGCAUGUCCAACGGUUUGAACUGGUCCAACACGGAGUAUUCCGGUAACGCUGAGCCUCCCACGCCUAAUUUAACUGAGUUGUAAUGCUGUGAAGCUGAAAUUGUUAUUAUUUAUAAUGUAUAGUUUUAAUGUAUAUGGUUAAUAUAUUUGUGCAAUUUAAAUUGAGUUGUAAAUAUUGAAUAUAUAUUAUUA